AUGGAUCGCAUGUCUAAACGGUCACCAUGGGUCAAGUCUGUGACUUUACCCAUCGCCCGGUCUACAAAUUAUAAUUCGAAACGGAUGCCCCGAAGGAGUCGCUUACUCGAGGCCACUGCGACUGUGGUUGUGCUGGCACUGGUUUGGUUCCUGUUGGUUGCUCCUCGGAAAGGGUCGAUCAAGCUGGAGUCUGCGACUGCAGAACGGUCAAAACCAGUGACAAACGCCACGGAAGCGCUAGACCUACUUCCAUGCUCACAACUCAGGGGCGCCAAAGACACCGUCGUGGUACUGCAGACAAGUGCCGCAGAGCUGGAGCAACGACUACCGAUCCACUUUGAGACAACGUUACGCUGCUACCCAAACAGGCUUAUCUUCUCCGACUGGAAUGAGACCUAUCAAGGUCAUCCGAUUCUCGAUGCCAUCGCGAACAUCGACUUUAAACGCAAACAAUUCCACCCGGAUCUUGAUCUCUGGCGCAGACUCCGAGAUGGUGGUCCAGAUGUUCUCGAAGAUGAGGAAAUGUGGAACGCUGAACAAACUACUGCCAAGCUGGAUAAGUGGAAGUAUCUUCUGAUGAUCAAUCAGACGCUGUACGAAUACCCCGAAAAGAAGUGGUUCGUCUUUCUGCAAACAGACACGUUUAUCUUCUGGAACAAUCUGCUCACGAUGCUGCGGGCGUACGACUCUAAGAAAGCUUGGUUUUUGGGCGCGCAGGUGGAGGGCUCGGAGUUGGCUGACUUGAAAGCUGGAUUUGUGCUAUCUCAUGCUGCCAUGCAGGCUCUCAUGAAGAUGUUUCGCGCGGAUUACGAAUCUUGGCAGCAACGUGCCGAUUAUCAUCCCUCAGGCGCUUCGAUACUAGGCACGGCAUUGGCAGAGGCCGGCGUCCAGCUCUCGAAUGCUUGGCCACUAUUGCAAAGUUCAAGUCUCGGGUCUUUAGAUUGGUCGGAAAGUAGGCAUGAAAGAAAACUCUGGUGUUAUCCGGCCGUCUCCUAUGGAAAGGUGGAUACGGAAACCAUCAGGGAGAUGUGGAAGUUUCAGCAUGGCUGGAUCAAAGACGAGGCGUCCAGUCAAACUCUGCUCUAUUCAGAUCUCUUUGAGAACUACAUGAUGCCACGACUUAGCGUACGAUCUGGAAGGGUUGAUGACUGUGACAACUUCAGCGGAGAUCUUGAUACCGGCGUUGUGGCGAAGGCGAUCGACGAUUGCAGACAGCUCUGUCUGGAUAGAACGAAUUGCGUGCAGUUUUCUUUCGCGAAUGGCAAGUGCGCACUUUCUGAUGUUCCGAAGAUGGGCGAGUACAAAGCUGGAGUGCAUUCAAGAUGGCUGUUGGCUCGCACGGAGAACUGGGCUCGGUCAGCUAGCUUGGGGAGUGAUUGCCCGACACAAGAUUUUGCGUCGUGGAUGACCUGA